AUGGCGUUCUACACAGAUAAUGACCCUGUCAUCUGCAGAGCUUUCUCCUUAUCCCUCAAGGAUGAGGCCUUGGAGUGGUUCCACACUCUUCCACGGAAUUCAGUGGAUUGUUUUGCGACAAUUGAAACUCGGUUCAGAAAACAGUACGCAACCAACCGAAAACCGGAGAUGACAGCUGCUGAGCUUGUGAAUACCAAGCAGGAAAAGGAUGAAACACUAAGAGCGUUCAUGCAACGAUACAACGAGACGGCCCGGCGUGUGAAAGAUAUCAAUCACACUUUCAUUAUCAGCAAUCUACCUUCUUGCUUUAGGCCAGGAUAUUUUGCAGAACAAUUAUAUGCUGACCCUCCAGCAUCUAUGGAAGAACUGCAAUCCACAAUUGCAAAGUUCAUCCGCAUCGAGGAUCUUCGAAAUUGUCGGAAGAAGCAGCAGCAAGAUACCUCCAGUCAUGAUGUAAAGAAAACCGCAAAGCGAUCGACUAACGACUAUAAAUCAGACCGACCGCCCCGAAAAGAGUCAGGGUGGACGCCUAAGUACGAUCGUUACGCAACCCUCAACGCACCCAGAGCAAAGGUGCUGGAGGAGGCUUUGCACGCAGAACUCCUAAUUGUGCGGCGACGAGCUACUCCCAAGAACGCGGACGGCAGCAAGACCUGCCGUCUCCACAUGAAUCGUGGGCAUGACACAGAAGAAUGCAACUUGGUGAAAGACGAGCUGGAUCGACUCAUCCGAGCAGGCUACCUCUAG